GUGACGAAUGCUUGAAGUCAGCAGGUCGCUCGCCGUGUUCACGAACGUCCCACUCCCACAAAGCCUGGCUCUUGAGGCCGUCUCAGAAGCAGCGGCGACGCUGAAGUCUUUAGGCCUAGAUCAUGUCUGGGCUAUCUGGGCGUCUAUUUUGUCCCUUCAUGUACCUGCCUCGGUUCUUGUGGGGAGCCGACCCCCUCGCAGACUCCCCUUGUCUAUCUCGUCUGUACUCAACGUCGCUUGCCACUCCCCACCGUAGAGAUGCAGCCUUCAGGUAGAGAGAGCGCUGGUAAUCACAUGCCCUCUCAUCAAUUGGCUUCGUGCCCUCGGCAGACGGAUGUAUUCUACGUCAAUGGGAUACCUUCUCAAUACGUCCGGGACGGUAACCUCGUCAUCGAUGACAAAAACGCUUCGCUCAGGUCGUUUACAUAUAUCAAGACGCUGGGAGAUGGGUACUUCGGCACCGUCACCUUAUGCGACUGGCACGGCGCGCUUCCACCGAACACGGCGCCUCCAGAUAUGCAGAGGUCUCGGCCUGAAUACGCGGGGAAGCGUCUGGUCGCUGUGAAGCGGAUGAAGCGAGUGUGGGAAGGUGGCUGGGCAGAGUGCAAGAAACUCAAGGAGAUCGAGUUUCUGCGCACUAUUCCUGCUCACCCUUCCCUGAUAUCAUUCUAUGACGUGUUUCUGUCCCCGGAAACGAAGGAGCUCUACAUGGUCUUCGAGUCGAUGGAGGGCAACCUGUACCAGCUCAUCAGAGCCCGUAAAGGACGACCUUUGGCCGGAGAGCUCGUAGCGUCCAUCUUUCGGCAAGCCGUCUUAGGCCUUCAUCACAUGCACAGCAACGGAUACUUUCACCGCGAUCUAAGGCCGGAGAACAUACUCGUGACCACCACUGGACUUUCGAACUACCGAUCCUUGUCACCAAUUGCUGCUCCUGGCACGACCGAAAGAGAUAUAAUCGUCAUCAUCAAACUCGCUGAUUUUGGUUUGGCCAGAAAGAUCGCUUCCCACCCACCGUACACGGAGUACGUCUCGUGUCGUUGGUAUCGCGCCCCCGAGCUCCUUUUUGAGGUCCGAGAUCACUCCACACCUAUUGAUAUCUGGGCGUUAGGCGUUACGAUGGCUGAGCUAGUCAACCUUCGACCUCUGUUUCCAGGAACGGCGGUAAUCGAUCAGCUUGACAAGAUUUAUGACGUCCUCGGCGACCCUUACCAUGACCACGGGGUUGAUUCGCGUGGCAGACCGAGAGGCGGAGGUCGGUGGGUAUGGGGUGUUCAAUUCGCGCGCAGGCAGUGGGGCUAUCAUCAUGAGAAGAUAACACCUCGAGGCAUAGAGACCUGUUUUGAUCCCAGUGUUCCGUUGACGCUGGUGGAUUGCAUAUCGGAUCUCCUGAGGCACGAUCCAGCCAAACGACUGACUAGUCAAGAGUGCCUCGCACAUCAAUAUUUUGUGGAGUCAAAUCCGGACCAUACCCCGCUGACCUUAAGCUUAGGCUCUCCUCAUGUAGACGCUCGUCCGGUGCAAUGUGGCGGAAAAGACGAUACCACUACACGAACACCAGGACCGAAGAAACUUAUUCUUGAUCUCCGCGUUCGAGAUGACUUGGUAAACGUUGCUGUCGAAGAGAAGGACAGUCAGCUUCUCGUAUACGGAACAUUUGGGUCAGACAUUGAGCGUCUCUCGAGGCGGCAAGGUCAUGACUACUUCGCUGAGUUCUGGUACGGGCUUCUGUAUGCUUCUGCUUCUGUUUUCGCAUUGGUAUUAUUCGCUAUUACGUAUGCUUUAAUCAUGCUGUGAAGCCUCUUGAGAAGCAGCAUACGGCUGCGUGUCCUGACACUAUACCAUAUUGCAAUUGUAUUCGUGGUUAU